GGUUCCGGCUGUGGGCCGGAGAAGACAUGGCGACAUCUUCGUCGGCGGCUGCAGGGGAGGAGGACUGGGUCCUUCCCUCUGAAAUCGAGGUGUUAGAAUCUAUCUAUCUGGAUGAACUACAGGUGGUUAAAGGAAAUGGCAGAUCUUCACCAUGGGAAGUCUACAUCACCCUGCACCCUGCCACUGCAGAAGACCAGGAUUCACAGUAUGUUUGCUUCACCCUGGUGCUUCAGGUCCCAGCACAGUAUCCCAAUGAGGUGCCACAGAUCUCUAUUCGUAACCCCCGAGGACUCUCAGAUGAACAGAUCCACAAGAUCUCACAGGCACUGAGCCAUGUGGCCACAGCUGGGCUGGGUACUGCCAUGCUGUAUGAACUCAUUGAGAAAGGGAAGGAAAUUCUCACAGAUAACAACAUCCCUCAUGGCCAAUGUGUCAUCUGCCUCUAUGGUUUCCAGGAGAACGAGGCCUUUACCAAAACACCCUGUUACCACUACUUCCACUGCCACUGUCUUGCUCGGUACAUCCAGCACAUGGAGCACGAGCUGCAGGCUCAAGGACAGGAACAGGAACAGCAGCAUGCCGCAACCAAACAGAAGGCUGCUGGUGUGCAAUGUCCGGUGUGCAGAGAGCCCCUCGUGUAUGAUCUUGCCUCACUGAAAGCAGCCCCUGAGCCCCAACAGCCCAUGGAGGUAUACCAGCCCAAUGCGGAGAGCUUGCGCCAGCAAGAAGAACUCAAGCAGCUCUACCAGAGGCAGCAGGAGAGGGGGGGCAUCAUUGACCUUGAGGCUGAGCGUAACCGGUACUUUAUCAGCCUCCAGCAGCCACCUGCCCAUUUGGAACCUGAGUCAGCUGUAGAUACCUCCAGAGGAUCCCAAGCACCCAGUGCCCUUGCCACAGAACUGUCCAUUUCAUCUGCCCAACCUACUCAGUCAACUCCUCUGCUGGUGGCUUCCCAGUACACAUGUGAGAAGAUUCCAGGGACUGGGCCAAAUCAGCAAAGGUUGGGCGAGACACAGAAAGCUAUCCUAGAUCCCCCCCGGGCCCAUCGAGGCCCCUGGAGACAGCCUGAACGGAGGCACCUAAAGGGAGGGGAGUACAAUGCCCCCAAAGGUACUAAUGACACCCAGGAACUGCCACCUCCCGAGAGGCCCCCCAAGGAGCCCAUGGACAUAAAGCGAGAACCCCAUAACCAAGAGGUUGAAGGUCAUUCCCAAGAGAAUGGGCCUGGCAACUGGCAGGGUCUCCCACCCCGCAGGAAUCGGGACUGUGCUCGCUGGGAGCGCUCCAAGAGUCGGACACCAGGUUCUUCCUAUCCCCGCCUGCCUCGGGGUCGGGGAGCCUACCAACCUGGUACUCGAAGGGAGCCCUUGAGCCUGGAAUCUGAGGAUGGUUCCUAGCAGUACUGUGGGGGGACAGGGAAGUGGGGAUAGGAGGGGGGCAAUAAAGAGAUUUGGCCUU